GGUCUGCAAGAGCGCUCAGGAUAGCCUCCCGUAGCCAUUUGGGCUCAAGACGGCUGAACGGCUAUGAACGGCUGAAUUACCAGUUCGAUCAUCCGAAUAUUGAACUAGAAGUAUGUUUAUGUCAUCUUCGUAUCGCUGUGUUGCACCAUGUUGCGCAAAACACGCUGCAGUAUCGCUAUUGCUAUUUUGUCUCCCUACUACUACGUGUGCCGUAGGAGCCGCAAGGGCCAGCCUAGACAGAUUCGAAGUGCGCGAGCGUGCGCGGCACAUCGACGUGGCCAUGCUGCAGGUCUCCAUGAAUGACUUGUCGUAUGACGUGCAGAACGCGACGAAAAAAUCAGACUGGUGGCCUCAUAGUUGGCUGUCUUCACGCCAUCAUCGAGCAGUGAGGCCAUCAUCUAAACCAACACGAGCAGUUGCGACACCAUCGCCGACCACCUGUGUAGAUACAGACAACGGUGCUACGAACAGAAUGGGCCGUUCGUGCGAAGCCUAUACGCACGAACUUGAACAGCCAGUCUCGGGCAUUUGCCUCGACCCUUAUUAUGACGAUGCAGAUUUCUCCUCAGACAUGUGUUGCGCGUGCCCACAGGAGUGCCCCGCACACGACCCUCCUAUCAAUGCAGUAUGUGAGGAUUGGAUCGAGUUUAGGGAGUCGAACGACGAUGGCAAUGGGAGGACAUCUCACUCCAACCUUGCUGGACUGGGUCCUGAUUUUCACAGGCCCAAGGAGCUCAGAUAUUAUGGAGUCGGACAACUCGCAAAUGGGGUUCACAUCGAUGUAGCGUUCGUCAAUGUAUCCGAGUAUACGCCGAAGAAUACGAAUUGGAACAAGAUUGCUGGGUCUCAGGCAACUGUGAACCUGCUCGUUGGGAAAUAUGUAAAUCUCAAGGCAGAGUUUGUGAGAAACCAUACUUUCUGCCCUGAGCAGCCACACCUGCCAAAGAUCACGUUCUGUGACAUUGACCACUACAAGGAUGGGGAGAACGAGGUAUUAUGUCUCGACGGUGUCAGUGCUAUCUACACGGUCGACGGUGACAUCGAUUUUGACUUGGAUUUGUUCGAAUUCAAUACUCUCAGGGAUGGAACCCAGGUCCCAUUGACAUACACAACAUCUUCCAUCCAGACAUCGAUUCCAGGCAGGACUUCCAGGAAGUACGUCUCCAGCUCUGGCGAAAAGUUUGCGAUCCAGGCAACCUCGCGGAUGUUCGGCCACGGCUGCGACAACCCGCAAGACUCAAACCAGCUGACCAACGUCACUUGCCCAGACGCGUCGGCCGCGACCGUGGACCAGGCAAAGCGAUGCUUCAUGGUUGAGUUCUCCAACGUCACCGAGUUCUUCGUCCGGUUCAAGGUUUUGACGGACAUGCCCGACUAUUACAUCCACCCGUUCGGCCGCAAUUUCGCCAUGUCCGGGACUUCCACAUACUUCGCCGACGAGUUGAGCAAGACUUGCUACACGAACACCCCCACCGCGGCUCCGACAUCCACGCCAACAAGUACACCGACGGCGACGCCAACCUCCGCGCCGACGAGCUCGCCUACAGCUGCACCUACUGCGACACCGACUGGCUCUCCGACUCUGGCCCCGACAUCUGCGCCGACUGCUGCUCCGACUGCAGCACCAACGAUGGCACCCACUGGUUCCCCGACAGCGUCGCCGACUGCGGCACCGACAAUGGCACCGACAGCCUCGCCGACAGCUGCACCAACAGCUGCGCCGACAGCCGCCCCGACUGCUGCACCAACAAUGGUGCCAACCGUGUCGCCGACAGCUGCCCCAACUGCUGCGCCGACAGCCAUGCCUACAGCGGCGCCGACAGCUGCACCUACUGCGACACCGACUGCCUCUCCGACUGUGGCGCCGACUGCGUUGCCGCGGGUGAGCGCGUCAGGCGAUCCGCAUUUGGUUAAUGUGCGAGGGCAGCAUUUCGACGUGAUGAAGCCUGGGGCCCACGUUCUCCUCCUCGUACCCUUCAAUACGCGUCCGCUGUUGGCACUUCUUCGCGUGGAAGCCGACGCGCGGCAGGUGGGUGGCGCUUGCGCGGACACAUACUUCAUGAGCGUCAACAUCACUGGGAAAUGGGCGGAGUCCCAAGUACACAUUCACAAGUCAGGCAGUGGUCACGGCCUGAUGUUUAGCGCAGGCACUGGGGCAUCCCACACGGGCACAAAGUGGAUGUCUUUCGGGAAGAUUGAACUGAAGGUGGUCCAUGGCCGCACCGACGAUGGCAUAGCGUACCUUAAUUUUUUCGCUCGCAAUCUGAGGCAAGCAGGAUACCUCAUUGGAGGGCUCCUGGGGGAGGACUAUCACAGCGAAGCUGCCACCCCCACGGGUGAAUGCAGACGCGCUCUUGACGUCUAAUUGGUACUUCCAGUGCACGGUGUUUGGCCGUGACACUAGAAUCAAUUUUCAAUGGGGUCCUCUUGGAGCGCUCUUGUGGCUUCUUUGGGGCCUCUUUGGCCGUCUUGGGGCCAUCCUGGGCGUCUUGGAGCGCUCGUGGGCUGUCUUGGAGGCGUAUUAGACCCUCUUGAGAGCUUUCUGGGGCCCUCUUGGCCCGUCUUGAGGCCCUCUGGCCUUUGUAAAAGUCAUGCGA